CACAACUUUUUUGUAAUGGCCGGGAUGAUUGAACGAGAAAUAUGUAAGGGCUACCAAAAACUAGAAAGUCUUGCACCUCAUUUAAAGCUUAUUGAUGUCUGCUUCAAAUCAUCUCUGGACUGUCAGACUUUGGUCUGGCGUUAGGGAUUCAGAAAAUGUUAUUUAUAUUGGUCUUUCUUGGAGUAAUUUUCACAAGUUCAGCUAAACCAUUAUUAUUACUUGCAAACCGUGCCGAUGUACAACUUAUUGACGCCGCCUAUAGCGCCAAUACCACCAUUGUCCAGAGUGGUUUGGAAGAUGCGGCCGCCCUAGACUUCUGCUUCAAAGACAAAUCAGUGUUCUGGACGGACGUCAGUCUGGCCAGAAUCAAAAGGACGCAGAUCGACCGGCCAAAAUACAGCGAGGAUGUCAUAGUCUCAGGACUGGUGUCACCGGAUGGUCUGGCCUGUGACUGGAUCGCAGAUAAAUUGUAUUGGGCAGACUCGGAAACCAAUCGUAUCGAAGUCAGCAGCUUGAAUGGAAGCUACCGAAGUGUUCUUUUCUGGGAAGAACUGGAUCAGCCUCGUGCCAUUGCUUUGGACCCUCUCUCUGGAUGGAUGUUCUGGACAGACUGGGGAGAGGUUCCAAAGAUAGAGCGGGCAGGAAUGAACGGGGAUCGGACCACACGCUCCAUAAUCAUCAAAGAAAACAUCCACUGGCCCAACGGUCUCACUAUCGACUACGCUGACCAAAAAAUCUACUGGGCAGAUGCAAAGCUUCGAUACAUUGCUAGCUGUGAUUACGAUGGAAAAAAUCGGCGAGAGAUAGUAGCAGGAGGGAAGAUCUUGUCUCACCCCUUUGCGUUGACGCUGAGCGGUAGGACCCUGUAUUGGACGGACUGGCAGAAACGGGCCAUUUUUACCUGCGAUAAAAUUACGGGGAGCAACAUUCGACCAGUGAUGGAGGACAUAUACUCCCCGAUGGACAUCCAUGUGUUUAGUGCCAACACACAGCCCAAGAGACCGGGGACUCAUCCCUGUACCGUUAACAAUGGAGGCUGUUCUCACCUGUGUCUGAUCUCCACCAAGGAACCCUACUACACCUGUGCCUGUCCCACAGGUGUAAGGCUGCUGAACAGUAAAACCUGUGCUAAAGGCGUGGAACAACUGUUGCUGCUGGCAAGACGCAGAGAUAUCCGCAAAAUUUCCUUGGACAUGCCUGACCACACAGAUGUUGUGUUACCCCUGAACGAGAUCAAACAUGCUAUUGCUAUUGACUAUGACCCUGUCGAAAGCAUGGUUUACUGGACGGACGAUGAAGUGAGAGCCAUCAAGAGGGCUUACUUGGAUGGGACAGGAGAGGAAGUAGUGGUCCGGACUGGAGUGGAUCAUCCAGAUGGGAUAGCUGUGGACUGGAUUGCCCGGAACUUGUAUUGGACAGACACUGGAACUGACCGGAUAGAAGUAGCCAGACUGAACGGAACAUCUCGGAGAGUUCUAAUAUCUGAUGACUUGGAGGAACCAAGAGCUAUAGCAUUAGAUCCUGUAGCAGGAUUGAUGUAUUGGAGUGAUUGGGGAAAGGAAGCUAAAAUAGAAGUAGCCAACUUAGAUGGAAGCAGCCGAAAGCUUUUAAUCAACUCCUCUUUGGGCUGGCCUAAUGGACUAGCUAUUGACAUCAAUGCACAGCCAAAGAAACUGUACUGGGGGGACGCUAAACAUGAUAAGAUAGAGGUCUCAGAUGUUAAUGGAUCCCACAGAAAAGUCCUGGUGGACGAACAGCAGAAUAUCCCUCAUCUGUUCGGAUUCAGUUUGCUAGGAGAUUACAUCUACUGGACAGACUGGCAGAGAAGGUCUAUAGAGCGGGUCAACAAGCACAACGGGACAGACCGAAAGGUCAUUGUCGACCAGCUACCUGACCUGAUGGGGCUCAAGGCCGUCAGUGUGUUUAACUAUUCAGGUACCAAUCCUUGUGCACACUACAAUGGCGGAUGUAGUCACCUCUGUCUGUUUACCGCUGAUCAGGGUGUCGUGUGUGCCUGUCCAAUGGGAUUGGAGCUCGUCAGCAACGGGAAAACCUGCAUCGUGCCGGAGGCCUUCAUUCUGUUUACCAGUCACCAUGACAUCAAACGCAUGUCCUUGGAAACCAAUCAUCGCAUACGACCCAUACCUAUCAAAGGGGUCAAAGAUGCCUUAGCGAUAGACUUCCAUAUCGCAGACGAUAGGAUUUAUUGGACGGACGGAGAUCUGAAGAGAAUAAGCCGAGCCUUUCUAAAUGGCAGUUCCCUUGAGCCCAUUGUUCAGUAUGGGCUCACCUACCCAGAAGGAAUAGCCGUGGACUGGGUGGCUAAAAAUCUUAACUGGGUCGACACAGGAAAGAAACGGCGGAUUGAGGUGGCACGGUUAGAUGGCUCAUCGCGGCGCGUCAUCAUCUGGAAGGACCUAGAAGCCCCUAGGGCACUGGCCGUUAAUCCACCAGACGGUUACAUCUACUGGACGGACUGGGUGUCUCAGAAGCUGGAGAGGGCUGCCCUGGACGGGACGAUGAGAGAGGUCAUCAGGACUGGGAUAGGGAAAGUCCACGGACUGACCAUCGACUACGGAGAGAAGAGACUGUACUGGACAAGCAUUGACCAAAAUGUUAUUGCCUCCUCUGAUCUGAAUGGACAAGAUAUGGUAAAGGUGAUCACGGAUCAGGUGCCCCAGCCCAUGAGUCUGACUCUGUACCACGACUUCAUAUUCUGGGCCGACUGGCAGAGGCAGACCAUAGAGCGGGCUAACAAGUCCUCGGGCUCCAACCGCACCACCAUCCAGACAAGUGUAGAGAGUGUCAGGGAUAUACUGGUCUUCCAUUCCUCCAGACAAUCCGGUAGUAACAGCUGUAAGGACAAUAACGGGGGGUGUUCACACCUGUGUCUGGCCCACCCUGUUAACCACACCUCUGGAACGCCUCAUCACUGUGCGUGUCCCACACACUUUCGACUCAACCGUGACAAUAAGACAUGCUCAGCUCCAAAGACAUUUUUGCUGUUCAGUCAGAAGAACACGAUCAGCCGUCUAGUGAUAAAUAACGACGAUUUCGAUCCCGAUACACCAGAGGUGGUUCUACCGAUCCCGAAUCUCAAGAACAUCAAAGCCCUCAGCUACGACCCAGUCAAACAUUUCAUUUACUGGAUUGAAGGCAAAAAUAUGAUCAUCAAAAAGGCUGCUGAUAAUGGAACCCACGUUGCUACAGUGGUGUCUAACCCGGAGGGAGAACACCGCCCUUUCGAUAUCGCUGUGGACCCGUACUCCCGCGUCUUGUACUGGACGUGCUCUAAAAAGAAUACCAUAAAUAUCACUGGACUGGACGGCACCCCUGUUGGAGUCAUAGUAGAGGGGGAGAAGCAUGUACCCAGAUACAUUGUCCUCAAUCCACUGGGAGGUCAUAUGUACUGGACAGAUAUGGGCAGCAAUCCCGCUAUCAUGCGAGCUUCAAUGGAUGGCACAAACAGUAUAAUAUUAUUCAAUUCAGAAUUGGAUCGCCCUGGACCACUAGCUAUCGAUGUAGAAGGCAAUAAGUUAUACUGGGCGGAUUCACGUCUUAAUCGCAUUGAAUGCUCAGACUUGUCAGGAGGCAAUAGGAAGAAUUUGGUGGAUCAAGAUGUGGCCAAUCCACGUGGAAUGGCCAUCUUUGGUAAUUUUCUUUACUGGAUCGACAAACAACAUCAUGUUAUCAGCAGAGUGCAAAAAGCUACUGGGAAAAAUCGAUCGUUCAUCCAGGGUAGGCUAGAUCAACUUAGUGACCUUCUGGUGGCAAGGGGUUUAGUGCCUGAAGACCUCAACCAUCCGUGUGCCAAAAGUAAAGGCAACUGUUCACACAUCUGCGUGGCAGAUAGUGCGGGCAAGGCUAGUUGUUCUUGUCCCUUAGACUUGGUGUUAAAAGCCGAUCUGAAGACUUGUUCAGAUCCUCCCACUUGUUCACCAGAGCAGUUCACGUGUGUCAGUGGAGAAAUCCACUGUAUCCCAAAGGUAUGGAGGUGUGAUGGCACGACGGAAUGUUCGGACGGGUCGGACGAACAGAGCUGUCCAGUGUGUCAUCCACAAGAUGAGUUCAAAUGUGACAAUGAUAUCUGCAUCAGCAUCAAAAAAGUGUGUGAUGGAGAGGCCCAGUGUAAGGAUCUGACAGACGAAUCGAACUGUGAUCCAACGAGUCGAGCCCCUCAUAACUGUAAAGAGGAUGACUGUCCCCCAUCAGUGGCCAAGUCAUCACCCAGCAAGGAGGUGGCCACAUGGACCAUCGUCAUAGUGGUGGGGCUUAUCGCAAUCGUGUUAGUGUUUGUGUUUGUGUUCGCAUGUCGCCGCAGGACUCCAAGAUUAAUAUACGAAGAGCAGCGCAGCGACAUGAGUCAAUUAAAACCAUUGAACCAAAACCAUUCUGUGCACACAGGAGAGACGACUCUUAAUACCCUGUCUUCUCAUGGGGGGAAGUCCCACGAGACGGGGUUAUCCUCAGUGACGAUGCCUCUGUAUGAUAGAAAUCAUGUGACGGGGGCCUCUUCCAGUAGUAGCACUGUGACUCAAUACCCCAAAGAGACCCUCAAUCCCCCACCUAGUCCCGUCACUGACCGGUCGGUGUAUAAAGGGGGCUACUCGGGGUACUCCUCUAAUAGUCCAUCGACGGUCCGGUCGUAUCGACCGUACAAACUCAGAAUACACAACAUCCCCCCUCCUCCCACCACACCGUGUAGUACGGACGUUUGUGAGGAAAGUGAACCUUAUCCUCCCAAAUUAUACUACGAACAAUCUAUAUCAGAAAUUUACACCUAUGACCCCUACCCUCCUUUACCCACCCCCUAUUUUUCAGACGAUAUGAGUUGCCCCCCUUCACCACCAUCAACUGAGAGGAGCUUCUUUAAUCCAUACCCCCCACCCCCUUCACCAGUGGCUGAGAGUUCCGAUUGUUAGUGUAUAUAAUUAUCAUGAUUAUAUAUAUAUAUAUUCACCUGAAUACAAAUAUUUCUUGUGUCAAAUGUGAUUUUUUUAUGAGUGCUAGUAAAUGAUGUGUGUGAUAUGACAAAUUUUUAUACGUAAUUUCUCUUGUUAUUGUUUGACAGUAUUUAUAUGCAUAUGAAAAAAAGAAAUCAGCAUUGUAUGAUAAGUUCUUUGUAUAACCUCUUGUAGAAUCUCUUCCUGCCAACAUAGAAAACUUGGGCACUUGUUAUUAUUGGUGUAUCAGUUCAUAUCCUCAUUAUUUAGCAGGUUCAAAAUGGGCAUCUUUCGAAUGAGUAUUUGGCAUUUUGUAGAAUUUGUUGUGAAGAAAUGUUUUGUAUACUUUAUAAUUUUUGCUGAUUUUUAUGCAGAUUUUCACUCUAUGUAAACGUGUUAUAUGCACUUUUAAAAUUUUUGUAUACUGUGAGUUGUCCCAAUGGAAAAUUUCAGUUCAAAAUACGAAUCAAUCUGUACUCAAGAAAAUUUAUUGGAUUUAGUUUUUAGUGCUAUGUUGAAAGUUAGUUUUAAAAUUUUAUGAAUUUUUAAGUUUUAUGGUAAUUUAAUCUGUUAGAGCAAAAAGAUUAAAAAAAGAAAAACUUUUCAAUAUGUACAGAAAUUCAUAUUUGACUUUAGGCCCAAUGUUUAAAGUAUGAGCACAUGCAUGUUGAAGUACAAAAACGAAAAAAUAGAGAAAAAACAUACCUUAUAGUAUAAAAGCAUGUACCUCUUGUUCAUAAGAGAUUUUCUAUUGGGACAACCCACUUUGUGUGAACAAGGUUGUAUAUUUCCCCCACUACUGUUGUAUAUUUCUGACACUAUACUGUUGUGUGGACUUUAUUUGAUUUCUCUGUGUGAAGAGGUGCUCUGCUGAGUUCAGUUUCGCUCCAGCUGAUGAUGUGUUCACGGUCAUUAAAUAAUUUCGUUCUACCUCUUGCGGAGCAGUCAUCUUGGUCAGUAACCAUCUGUUGGUCACUUUGUCCCACUUCUCUCUGAAUUUGGCAUUAUUGAUUCAUCUGGUUGGUGCUCAAUCAUGGAAUGAUAAUUUUCUUUUUGUUCAUUAGACAUUCAAUAGAAAUGGGCUUGGUAUUUUUUUUGUGGAUUUGUCUUUCUGCAGUUUUGAUGUUAGCUUACCUUUUGAUAUCAUUAGUCCUUUAAUGGUUAAAGUGGUAAAGGUAUUGUCUUAGUUCAAGGACAUGAUGGGAAGGGGGGUCAAAGAUCAAGGAUUCAUUUCAGAUUAAGGAUGUGCUAAAAGGUCAAAUACAAGAUAAAUAAUUUUGCAAAAUGGUAAUGUAUACUGUACUUAAAAUUAAGAUUUUGCUGUGAUAUCUUAUGUAAGCCAUGGUGCAUUACUUUUCAUUUUUAUGCGAAAUAAGUUAUUUUGCACAUACAUGUAUACCUCUUGAUCCCUUUUCUUAUCAUUUGAAACGUUAAGCACAAUGAGAUACAUGUAAAUGGGAAUUAAACUAUACUCUGUUCUGUUUUAGUCUUGUUUCAACAAAUCUUUAAAUACUGCCAACGUGGGUUAACAAGUGACCAACAGAUCGAUGUAUAAAGUGAUUUUGUAUUCAGUAAAUAUUUGGUUGUAUCUGUUGAAAUUGUAUCAUGUGAAAUGUUUUAUGUAUAUACAAUUUUUCUGUGCCAUAUUUGAUGAGUUAUCGAACUACACUGAAAAUAAAAAAUUAUUUUGAUGAAAAAAGGGUAAAUUGAAGCACUUUGUGUGAUUGAUUUCAGAGAAUGAAUUUGGUAGAAUUUCUGUCACUAAAAUUUUUGUUUUAGUCUGUAUACUUUGUAAGAGGCAGCAAUGCUAGUAAAUUUUUAAGAUCCGUUGCAAAAAAUUUUGUGUAAAUCUUUCACACUAUGGGCAGUUCAAUAUUAUAAUAGAGACUUAAUGGAAAAGCACUGCUUUAUUGCACACUUUGUGAUGUUUUUGUCUUGUGAUAAGCUUUCUAGAUUUUAUUUUGUUGUGUUUGGUUUCCAUAGUGCUGCUUGUAUAUAUAUUAAAUUUUUAGCCAAGGAAAUUUUUUUUUUUUCAAAUUUUUUUGUUUUUUUAGUUCUGUGUGACAGAGAUGGAAAUUGUGAUAUUUCUUUUUCACAUUGAUGCAUGCUGAAAUUUUAUUUGUGUCUGUUAAUUUUAUGAGAACAUUUAGCCAAAUUAUGUUAAAAUUACCUUAUUUUUUUCCUUUUAAAGACGAUGUUAUUCACAUGUUUAUAUUUUAUUGACAAGUAAUAUAAUAAUAACUAUAUACCUAAUUAUUGAUGAAUGCUAUUUUGGGAAUGGCAUGUAAAUAUCACAUUGAAAAUUUCAACUCUUGUCUUCCAAGGAAGCAAACCUUUUUAUGAAACCAGUAAAGCAUAUUUUUAUUUAUCUUUCUUUUUUUAUGUUUGAUAUCUUUUAUUUUAAAUGAAAUCUACGUUUGUUUGUUUGUUUCCCCUGUUUCUUUUCCCCAAAAUGUUUUAAAAAGAGUGCUUUUUUUACAACGGGUAUUUCUCUGUAACAUAUUUCAUAGGUUAGUUCUGUAUUUUAUACACAUUGUUAAUGUGACAAUAUUUUAAAGUAUUUUCUAGUUUUGAAGUCAUAGAUAGAACUUCAUGUAUUUUGGCCUGGAAUUAUUGUUAAGAUAUUAUACUUUUGUCCCAGAUUUAAUGAAAAAGAUUUAAUUUUAAAAGGGGUCAAUGAAACUUUUGGGAGAUUUUGCACAUUUCUUGGAUUCAGUGAAAAUUUCUAUCCCCCCCAAAACAACCACAGAGAUAUCUUUGAAUGUUUUUGAUAGUGUAUGGUACAUAGCUGACUGCCAAAUUGGUUAAAUUGCAUAGUCUUUACUAUCAUGUAUUAUUUAGUUUGUUAUAUAUUAAGAUUUAAUCUUCUGAUUGUAAUGUUUAAUUAUAAACUAAGAAUCAUUAGUUAAUACCUGUAUCUGUAUACAAAAAUGUAUGUCCAUUUACAUUGUAUGUCAUUGUAAAAACUCAUUCUACAUGUAUAUGUCUGUGCCUUAGAUGUUGCUAUGUAUAAAGCUUUCACAGAUAACUAUUCUCAACUAACUGAAGGCUAGGUAGAAAUUUAGCCACAUAAAAAAUAAAAGUAAAAAACCAAUAAAACAUAACAAAAUAUGAAA